GCAUUAGCUGUCUCCUCUCAACACAGGGCUUUCAGCCACAGACCUGCUUCUAAGAUGGCCCAACUCAGGGUACAGGGCGACCUCCAGAAUGACUUUAUCUUUCUUUCACAUAACAGGAAGGUCCCCAAAAGGAUGUCUUCUGUCAUGGAGAUGAAGGAAAUCUUCCUCAAUGCUGACGCUGUUUGCUUUGAUGUGGACAGCACAGUCAUUAAAGAAGAGGGCAUUGAUGAACUGGCAAAAUUCUGUGGUGUUGGAGAUGCAGUAGCAGAAAUGACUCGCAGAGCUAUGGGAGGUUCAGUAACGUUCAAGGCAGCUUUAACUGCACGGCUAGGCCUCAUACGACCUUCUUACGAACAAGUGCAGAAACUAAUAUCAGAGCAUCCACCCCAAUUAACACCAGGAAUAAGAGAACUCAUCAACCGGCUCCACCAGCGAGGUGUCCAAGUCUUCUUAAUUUCUGGAGGGUUUCAGAGCAUUGUUGAACAUGUCGCCUUGCAACUAAACAUUCCAACAGCAAAUGUCUUUGCCAACAGAUUGAAGUUCUACUUUAAUGGAGAAUACGCCGGUUUUGAUGAGACACAGCCAACAGCUGAGUCAGGUGGCAAAGGACAAGUCAUCAGUUACUUGAAAGAACAGUUUCAAUUUAAGAAAGUGGUUAUGAUUGGAGAUGGAGCAACAGAUAUGGAAGCCUGUCCUCCAGCAGACGGUUUCAUCGGCUUUGGAGGCAAUGUUAUACGGAAACAAGUAAAGGAAAAAGCAAAGUGGUACAUCACUCAUUUUGACGAGCUGCUGAAAGAACUGGAAGAACGAUAAAUUAUUAACUAGGUUUAUUUUAUUAAUACUUAUUGUAGGUAGAUAUAUA